AUGAAAGUGACUGACUUGAGUCAAAUCGGUGAUAAGAAAAUACACGCGAAUAAUGAUAAUUGGUUUAAAUACGAAUCCCUAAUGGAACACGUGAGAAAAUUAGAAAAGGAAAAAAAAAUAUUAGAAACGGAAAUAAAACAAAUCGAAGAACAGGGAAUGAUUAAUUUAGAUUCACUGUCGCAAUCAGAAUUGAUUAUGUACGUGAAACAAUUGGAAAGAACUAAAACAAACCUUUUGAGCGAUUUAAGAUCGAAAGAAUGGGGACUCGACAAACAGGCAAAGGACAUACAUCAUUUGAACGAAAUGAAAAGAUCACUACAAUCGGAAAUACGUCACUACGAUAAAGAAAUGGCGUUGUAUCGUCAUUAUAAAAAAAAUUCAUGUCCGUCAGCGGAUUUGAAAGAAAGACGUAAUUCAUACGGACAAGAUGAAAAAAAAAUUAAAUUGUUAAAAGAAAGGGAAAAAAUAAGAAAAGGUUGUUUGAAAAAAGGUGAAAAGGAUGAUGGAAGGAUUUCGUCGCAGGAUUACUACUAUGACGAAAAUGAUGACGUCAUCGACGAUAAAAAACACGAUGUUAUGUUUUCAAGUUUGGAUGAAACAAAACUCGAAAGAAUCAACAACAACAACGAUUUGUCACCGACUCCAGGAUUCCAGAGAAGAACGUUAAAAGGUGGAUUAUCGGAAAAGAAAAGGAUAAUUGAUGCGAAAAAAGGACCGAUAAGAAAAACUGUUGCCAUUGGUUCCCUACCGGAAUUGUUACCGAAAAGUAAAACUCCAUCUCCGAGAUAUGGGAAAGGGAUAACGUUCGGGAAAAAUAACAAAAUGGAAAAAAAGGUUUGUACGGAAACGGUUCGACCGAAAUCAUCAAACGAACCUAUUAAAAUAAUCGUGACGUACGAAACUAAAAGAACUAAAAUAAAUGAUUGUAAAAAAGAAAGUAGCGAUGGUAAAACGACGACGACGACGACGACAGGAUCCGAACGUGACGAUGACGAUGACGACGGGAAUGACGAUGCAGGAACAUCCGGUAAAGAAAAAAACGAUACGUAUCGAUCGACUAUCGGUGAUGUUUACGAAGAUGAUUUCGAAGGGAGCGAUGACGUAGUAGCAGACGAAAAUGUCGGGUAUUUAACUACGAGAGUUUAA